CUUCACAACGUAUCCUUGUUCCAUCGAAAUAUAGAGAAGAAAAAAAGAAAUGGAUAUUUGUGUGGGAAGAGAAGGAUAAAGAGGAGGCGCAGAAAGAUGAUGCUAUAGUAAAGAAGGAAGAGGAUAUAGUGGGGAUGGAGGAAGAGGAUCCCAAGUUGGUUAGGUUUGUGAAGAGACGUCUGCAACCCCCGUCCAUCUUACCUUACAAUCUCACUAAUCCUAACAAGAUACAUUACUCCCAGUAUGGACAAAGCAAGCUUUUAGAUGAAAAAUUUAUUCACGGCAUGGUUGGCGGAGUGUUUGUGGAGGCUGGAGCAUUGGAUGGGGAACAUCUGAGCAACACUUUGUACCUGGAGAAACACCUUGGUUGGUCCGGGAUACUUGUGGAGCCAAUGCCUUCCUCUUAUGAGCUAUUACGGAAGAAGAACAGACACGCGUAUAUUUUAAACGCCGCUCUUUCUACCACGAAGAAUGCUUCCCAGAUAAUUAUUAGGUGGAAAGGGGAGCACGGAGGAGCAAGCCAGAUGAUAAAAAGAGAAGGCCGCAUGAACAGAAAGAUGAAGGGGAACGAUGGCAAGAAAGAUGUAAAGGUUAUUUCCGUGCCUUUCUUCAGCAUAUUUCUCGCCCUUAACGUCACACAAAUCGAUUUUCUUUCCCUUGAUCUGGAAGGAGCUGAACUGCAGGUGCUCAAGACCGUGCCUUGGGAGAAAGUGAGAGUAAGGGUAAUGUGUGUGGAGUGCAACAAGGUGAGGCCUCCCGCCUUGAUCAGUUAUUUAACAUCCGUUGGUUACCGCCAUUUAGGCAAUUAUGGUAUCGACUGCUGGUUUGGCUGGCCGUCCUUGCUGGAUGAGACUUUAUCUAAUACCAAGAGUAAAAAGUCACAGUAACAUACGGCGGUUGUGGCGGAAGAGUCGGCACAGAGAUGUGCCGAUCAAGGGGACCAAGGUUAAAAUUUCGAGGACAACUGACUUUUUUGAAGCCCUCGACACGUAAAAGCGUCACCUUAGAAAUCUUCCCAAGUCUGCACUGGCUGUGGUCAAAACAAUUGUUCAAGACGUCAUAGAGCAGGGGUUCUUAACCGGGGGUAUCUAUAUCCCUUGGGGGUAUGGGAACCAUAUGAUGGAGGUAUGGGACUCAGUAUUUGAAUAUUAUUAUAUAUUUGAUUUACUAAUUUAUAUAGUUGGUUAGAAUGAUACAUUAUAACUAGCACUAUUACUCAGUAUUUAUAUUUUGUGUUAUUUCAUGAAUCUAAAAUUGAUGAACACUCAGUUGUACCAUUUUCCUUUUGGAUAGAUAUUAUAAUAUUUGGAAAACAAUUAAGUAUGGCUUUAUAUAUGGGGACAGGGCCGUAAUUUCUGGGGGGCUAGCGGCGGGGCUAUAGCCCCCUAAUGUUUACUAUAUCGGCCUAAAAAUUAUCCUAAAAGUGCUUAUUUAAAAAAAAAAAUCCCCACCUGCGCAUGCCCACUUCGCUCCUCGGACCCCCACCUUAUGAACCUAUGAUGCCCUCUAGCCCCUCCAAAAAAUCUGCCAAAAUUGAAAACAUCAAACCACCCAAAAUAUUUGGCAACCCUGUCACGAACGUCUUGCGACUAUUAACUGCUUUGAAUAUGAAUGACAAUUGAUCUGUAGGCACAGUCAGAAUUGGGUAAUAAUGAUGAAUUCAGCAGUCAAACGAAGGGGUAUGUGACCAUUCUGAGCAAUCCAAGGGGGGUCUGGGAUCAUAAAAAGGUUAAGAAUCCUUGUCACAGAGCGAGUAUGAAGCAGAGCACAGAAGAAAAAGGAGGAAGAAGAAAAAGAAGAAGAGGAGGAGGAGAAGGAGGAGGAGGAGGAGAAGGAGCAGGAAGAGAAAGAUUGAGUAUUAAGAGGAGGAGGAGGAAGAGGAGUAGGACGACGACAGCGACAAGGACCGACCAGGAGGAGGCAGUGGUGGUGGCGACGGCACGGCGGCGGCGGAGGAGGAGGAAGAAAAGGAGGAGAAGGAAGAUGAUGAUGAGGAGGACUAGUAGAAUCAGUAUGCGACGGCAGUGUAAAAUCAUUAGUACUUUACGAUAGCAAUCAGAUGAAAAAUGUCGAGGAAGUAGAAGGAAAGCAGUAGCAAUAGUCUAUGUAACACGAGCAACAAUAACACAAGCAGGAGCAGUACUAGUAGUAGCACCACCACUACCAUCACCAGUAGCAAUAGCAAUACCAGUAGCAGCCACAUCAGUAGUAGCAGCAAUGUAGCACCAUCAGUACCAGUACCAGUAGCAGCAGCGGCAGCGGCAGCUGCAGCAGCGAAAUCAGCAGCAGCACCUACGCCAGUAGCAUCAGUCGUAGCGCUACCAUUACCAGCAGCAGCAGCAGUUGCAGCAGCGGCAGCAGCAACAGCAGCAGCAGCAGGAGCAGCACCAGUAGCAUCAGUUGUAACGCUACAAAUACCAGCAGUAACAGAGGCCGUAUUAUUAUAAUUAGUAGUAGUAAAUCAAUAAAUUCCAUUAUUUCGCAAAACAUACAAGAUAUAGCAUCAAUUAGAUAUCACAGGAAAGUUUGUCAAAAAGAAAAAUAGUAGAACAUUAAAUGAUGCUAAAAACAGAUCUACAUAACACAAUAUAAUUAUUAGAAGCAGAAAGCCUUAUUAGAGGCCUCAGGAGCAUUUCAUAUAAUUAUAUACAUAAACAUAUACAUACAUAUGCACACAUUGACAUACAUAUUCACACACACACACACACACACACACACACACACACGCACACGAAAACAAACAAACACGGGGAUAGAUGUAUACUUACUUGCAUAUACCUCCACAUAAUUAUUCAUACAUAUAAACAUAUUCUGCUAUUAGAUAUUAAAACCAUUCUAUAAAAUCUGAUUAAAAUCAAUGCAUUAGAGUACCAAUACCCUGACACAAUCAGUGGCUUUAGGGUUUAUGAGGGUAACAGAGCGGCAGCCGGUCCAUCCACCACCCUCCCAGGCCCAGCGCGCUCACCCACCAGCACUGCCGCCCGCCCGCCCUGUCCACCACCUAGCCAGGCCUAACGCGUUCACCCACCAGCACUGCCGCCCGCCCGCCCUGUCCACCACCUAGCCAGGCCUAACGCGUUCACCCACCAGCACUGCCGCCCGCCCGCCCUGUCCACCACCUAGCCAGGCCUAACGCGCUCACCCACCAGCACUGCCGCCCGCCCGCCCGGUCCACCACCUAGCCAGGCCUAACGCGCUCACCCACCAGCACUGCCGCCCGCCCGCCCGGUCCACCACCUAGCCAGGCCCAGCGCGCUCACCCACCAGCACUGCCGCCCGCCCGCCCGGUCCACCACCUAGCCAGGCCUAACGCGCUCACCCACCAGCACUGCCGCCCGCCCGCCCUGUCCACCACCUAGCCAGGCCCAGCGCGCUCACCCACCAGCAUUGCAGCCCGCCCGCCCUGUCCACCACCUAGCCAGGCCCAGCGCGCUCACCCACCAGCACUGCAGCCCGCCCGCCCUGUCCACCACCUAGCCAGGCCUAACGCGCUCACCCACCAGCACUGCCGCCCGCCCGGUCCACCACCCAGUCAGGCCCGGCGUGCUCACUCACUAGCACUGCCGCCCAACAGUCCUCAUGAUGCUGCACAUAAAGAUUCGGACUUUUGAAAUGUCUAAAUCAUUUUGUGAAACUGAUACGCUAUAUUUUUUUUUAAUAUAUCUAAACAGUUAGCUUGUAUGUUUACAACCAGUCCUCCAUAUAGCUUUGUUAUUGGACACAGCGGCUGAGUCUGUGGUAGAAGCGCACCUGCGUGAGGUCAAGGCGGUGCGGGAGAAGCGGCUCCCCGCACGCCUCCAUUGCGUCUUGGCUACUGCUGUAGGAGGCGGCACCAAUUAUUAAGAAGCCUUUGAAUAAGCUACAUUUAAAGUAUUAAAAAUUCUGGUUUUAAAUGUUUUUGAAUCAUUCCAUAAACUUAAGUCAUACUCUUUCCAGUAAAAUUUAAAUAGGAAUGUUCCUUACUCCUUUCUCAACGCAGUGAAAGUGACCCUCCGUACCACCCAUACUACGUUAAGCUUUUGGUUGAAUAAAUAGUGCCCCAACAGAAGCGUGACAUCCAAUAGAACAUCUCUUGUUAAAAUUUUGUGACCCAUUAAAAAAAUUAUUCACAUGUUCAAAGGCCUUUGAGAGGUCAGCGAACAUAACAACAAAAUGCCUACGAAUAUGCAGGCCCCCAAAACAACAGACAGCCGACGACACUGCCCUGUACG